AUGGCCACGGAUGUUCUGGAAGUGCUAGAAGAUGCCAUUGCUUUGGAUGAGAUCCAAGCUGCGUCCGAGGAGCAGCAGCUCGAGUGGCAUGCCGCCUACAGGGAAUAUGUCUCCCUCAUGGAGGAGCGUAUACUGUCAGCUUGUGCCGAAGACUUGACGAAAGAGGAAGUCUUGGUGCAGCUCACGUCCCUUCUUGAGAAUGAUGAGGACGAUCGCAGACAUGCUCGGUUCCUGCUACGCUAG